AUGUUAUCACUUCGACAUUGCUCCAAGUCCGCACGCUACACAUUACGACCUAGACCUCUAGCUACAUUGAAUCGGGUAUAUAUCCGACCAGUUGGAUAUAGGCUACUAUCCACCUCUACCUCUGAGGACUAUGAUGUGGUUAUUAUUGGGGGUGGGCCGGCCGGACUUGCUUUGGCCGCUGGACUUGGGACCAACGUUAUUACUAGUCGACUCAAGAUAGCUUUGGUCGAAGCGUCGGGUCUUGACAAAGUUAGAAACUGGACAGAAGCAGCAGGGCAAUACUCCAAUCGCGUUAGCUCCCUAACUAAUGAAUCGGUCGCAUUCAUACAUAGUACCGGUGCCUGGGAAUAUGUCGACACCAGACGAGCUUGUCCACUAGAAGCAAUGCAGGUUUGGGAUGGAAUAUCAGAUGCAAGGAUUCAUUUUUCUCCUUCUGACUUGGCCCGAUUGCCAACGACCGGAACUAUUCCCGGGUCGAUGGCAAUGAUGACAGAAAACCUCAACUUGCAGCAAGGUCUCCUUAGAAAACUAGAGUCCGUGCCCAACGUAAAGUUGUUGGAUACUACCAAGGUUGAAGGGAUCCAAAGUGGUUCGGGAGACUACAAUUCCUGGCCUGUAGUUAAUACUUCGACUGGCAAAUCUUUGCGUAGCCGAUUGUUGAUCGGGGCUGAUGGUUUUAACUCACCUGUUCGGAAAUUCGCGGGCAUCGAAUCAUCGGGUUGGGCAUACGACACGCAUGCAGUUGUGGCCACACUUUUCCAUUCUCAUCGCGAGAAAUAUGCCACCCUCGCGCACCUUGAGCAGCCCAAUUCGACUGCCUUUCAACGAUUCUUAACUACAGGUCCUAUAGCUUGUCUCCCUCUCUCCCCAACAGCCUCCUCCCUUGUAUGGUCCACAACACCCGCUAUUGCGAGUGCGCUCAAAGCUUCCUCUCCCGCUACGCUCGCCAUUUUCGUCAAUGCCGCAUUCCGCCUACCCAACUCCGCUCUUCAAAACCUCUAUUCUGUUCUUUUAGCUUCUCACCAAAAAGAAACACCACUUUCUCCAGAAGUAGCCCGGGCAGAGGUUCAACAAGCAGAAAUCGCACACUCUAUUAAACCCCAUGAUGCCCGAGCGUCUGCAGAUAUUGAUUCGCUUACCAAGGGUGUCCUUCCCGAGGGGUCCAAUUUAUUGCCACCAUUGGUGAUUGGCAUACAAGACAAGAGCGUUGCCGGUUUCCCUCUCAAGUACAGCCAUGCUGAAACUUAUAUCGGAACAGGACAAGGUGCGAGAACUGUUCUGGUAGGCGAUGCUGCACAUACAGUUCAUCCACUGGCCGGGCAGGGGCUGAACAUGGGUCUUUCGGACGUCCGAGAAUUGUUAUACGGUACAACCGCACCUCCAAUCGUUUGGGCACGUUCCACCGGACUCGAAAUAAUCAACGAACUGAGCACAAUCAAGGGCGCGUUGAUGGGAGUCGCAGGCGCAUCUCCCGGGAAUGCUAGCACUUCAUGGUGGCAUGCAGCAGCGUCGGGGCUAGAAGGUCUUGCGGGGGCAGGUGACGUUUUGCGUGCUGUUGGGGGCAGUCUAAAAGAUACCUUAACCAAAACCGGAUCCAGCCUUAUUCAAGGCGGCGUGAAUGUACUCAAAAACUCUGGACGUUAA